CAAGCCUCCACAACACCCAUGUCCACCAUGCUCGUCUCAUUAACCGUUGGAAAGGUCGAUGCAGGUGUCGCCGUUCUUCUGACGGAAGAUAAACGUCUCAUCGAAUUCCCCUCCAUUCUCCUCCCUCCCGACAUCUCCUCAGGAAGCAUCGUCGACAUCACUGUCGCGCGGAAUCUCAAGUCCGAAUCCGACGCUGCAGCCUCCUUCCACUCUCUUCAAUCGACCAUCUUCCGCACAUUUGGGCAGCGCACGCCCUCCCCGCCCGUUCUCCGCUGUCGAAACGCAACGCAGACGUCUGUCGUACUCGAAUGGGACCCCAUUGACAUUGCGACGGCCGAGCUCCGGGGGCUUACACUCUAUCGCAAUGGCAGCAAGGCGGGUACAAUACCCAAACCGACGGAGCUGCACAGCACCAAGCUGAGCGGUCUGGCCGUCGAUACCGAAUACGUCUUUCACCUCAUCCUGCGGACCAGCGCAGGCACGUACAGCAGCGAGAAGUUGAGGGUGCAGACACACAAGAUGACGGACCUGUCCGGCAUAACGAUAACGCCAGGACACAUGCCCGCCGCUCUGCGCGAGUCGUUGCAGAAGACGGUCGAGAGGAUCGGAGCCAAGAUCGUGGACACGGUCAGAAUCGACACUACGCAUUUUGUCUGCACGGAGGGGAGGGGCCCCGCGUGGGAGAAGGCGGUGGAGAAUAACAUUCCAGUCGUCGUGCCGGAUUGGGUCAAGGGCUGUGAGAGAGAUGGCAGGAUCGUGGGUGUCAGGGGUUACUAUCUCAACGCCGAUCCGAGACUUCGACAUGUAGGCCCGCCGACAGGUCCCACACCGCAGCCUCAGGGCACGCCGCAAUUGCAGGCGGAGCAGGCGAGAAGUCCACCUUUGCCGAGCCCACGGACGGAGGUCACGCCGCCCACGCCAGAGAGGCCAACUCGUGAAAGGGGGCAAGAGCAGGAGAGUAGUGCACCGCCGCCUCCACCGCCUAAGGAUGUCGAGAGUGCCUCCCGCUCGCCAUCAUUACCGUCAUCGCCAACACCACCAGAACCAAAGAUUCAGACUGAGGAGCAGAAGGUCAGGACAGAGGACUUGAAACCAAGUGCCGAGGAGGACGACGAUGAGGCGGAAAGCGAAGGCGAGGGAGCGUCGUCCCGAGAUGCGAAAGCUGUGGAAGCGGGUAUCCCUGAACGACCCAAGUCAGGGGGACGGGUGAGCGACGCGGAUGAAGGGGAAGGAGAUGGCGACGGAAGUUUCCAGGAUGUGAAGCUUUAAACACGGAAUCACCGAAGUAUGGCAGCAAUCUGGUGGCGUGCGGGAGGGUUGAGAUUCCAGCCACACGUUCAAAAGGGACCAUUGCUACGUCCUCUUUUCUUCAGAGCAUAGAGUGGGUCAUUGUUUAAUGUUUUGAUCGUGUUCAGCGUCGUGUCAUCAUAUUAUAGUCCAAUGUUAGGAUUAGAGCCGGAAUGAAAUGAAUUCAAAGCA